GAAUGCAUUCACAUGUGGUAUACACACUUCUCACGAAGAGUUCAUGAUCGUUCACAAGGAUUUUCUGUGAUGACAGAGCUGAGAGGAGUUUUCAUCAGAAUGGGCAAGUGUCAUAUCAUCCAGAAUUUCGAGUGUGACGUGUGGGCUUUUUGCACACCAGUUCUAAACCAGCAAGCUCUUCAUGAAGUCGACUGCGCAGAGGAAACCAUGCAGAUCCUAAAGGAGUGAGUGGACGACGUCAACCUUGGUGGAUUGGAGGGAAGGAGCUUGAGAUUGCCGUGGGAAAGGGAGCAGAGAACGUCUUCGGUUUAUCGUUUUGAAAAUUUUGCGAAGGAUGCCCGGCGCUGAAAUGAGUGAGGAGUCUGCAUCUGCGCUCUCGAAGUGGCUCAAGCAAACCUAUGGCGGAGUCGAUAUUUUGAUAAACAACGCUGGCGUACUUUACAAAGAAAAUGAAAGCUUGGAGGACAUAACCACAACUUUGCAAACCAAUUACUACGGUGUUAAAUAUGUGACGAAAGCUAUGCUUCCUGUUCUUCGGCAGUCGCCAGCAGGUGCUCGUGUCAUCAUCGUUUCUUCUAAAUUGGGUCAAUUAAACUCAUUGAGAAACCACUACCCUGAGGAGUUGUUUAAGAACCGGGAACAAAUCACGGAGGAUGGGGUGGACGAGUUUGUGAAGGCAUUUAUGGAAGAGAUGAAGACAGGAAAGGGGCCAGGAGGAUGGCCAGCUAGAGGUUAUUCAGCAAGCUAUUGUGUCUCAAAAAUGGCUGUGAAUGGUUACAUGAGUGUGGUGGCUCGUGAAGUGAGCAACCGCCCGGAUGGUGAGAAAGUGUACGUGAAUAGCUUCACUCCUGGGUACACAAGCACUGACAUGACAAGCAGCAAGGGCCAUACAGUGGAGGAGGGGGCCAUGACUGGAGUAUGGCUAGCACUUCAUCCCCCUCAAGACUACCCAACUGGGAAGUUCUGGGCGGACAAGUGUGGCGGAGUGAUACCAUUUUGAUGUGUGCAACUGUUGUGGGGCGUUUGUCAGUGUUUCCAGUGGGCCAAGAGCUUUUGUCCUGCUUUGAUCCCGAUAUGGGUUCCACUGUGAUGUACAUGAAUUGCACUGAUUGUAAUUAUGCGAGUUUUUUUCUCAACA